UAACAGCAGUUUAGUGCGUUGAUAUGUCCAGGCAUAUUCGAAAAUUCCAUUUGUGGCCAAAUAUAAUUAAAACUUCUGUACAUGAAUAAGUAGUAGUCGAGUUACUUCAUUUUAGGCUCCCACAAAAGUACCAGAUAUGUUUUCUUUGGCAUAUACUUUCAGUUUACUAGCAAUUGUCUUUCUGAUACUAAAAAUUUACACAAAAGUUAAAACCUCCUGGUGUAAAAGUAAGGUGUGUCUUAUUGGAAAAACUGUUAUCGUUACCGGAGCAAACACAGGAAUAGGAUAUGAGGCUUCCUUAGAGUUUGCCAAGAGAGGUGCUCGAGUGAUUUUAGCUUGCAGAAAUGAAGACAAAGCUAAUCACGCUAGAGACCAGAUUGUUAAAGAAACUGAAAAUGAAAAUAUCGUUGUUAAAUUGGUCAACAUGGCUUCACUGUCAUCUGUUAGGAAGUUUGCUGAAAAUAUAUUGCAAACAGAAGAAAGAUUGGACAUAUUAGUCAAUAACGCUGGAGUUGGAGCUCUAAGAAAUAAGGUCACCGAGGAUGGUUUGCAGGUAUUGAUGCAGGUCAAUUAUUUUGGACCAGUUCUUUUAACUAUUCUUCUUAUAGAUUUGCUGAAAAAAUCUUCCCCCAGCAGGAUAAUAAAUGUAUCAUCGGUGGCUGCGAGUAGAUCCAAACUGACACAAGGAAAUUUGAACGAAUUUGGAGGGCCAUUUUUAUGUUAUUGCAAUAGCAAAUUGUGCAAUAUACUAUUUACGAUGAAGCUUGCGAAGUUAUUGAAAACAACAAACGUCAGUGUAUUUUCUUUACAUCCUGGAGUAAUAUAUACACAAAUAUUCAACAGUUUACAAGGAAUUUCGAGCAUAAUAGUAGGAUAUUUUGCGAAAUACUUCUUCAAGACACCUGAAGAAGGAGCACAAACAAUAAUACAUACAGCAUUAGAACAAGGAAUUGAAGUACAUUCAGGAAAGCACUUCGAAGAAUGUGCAAUAACAAGCACAUAUGGAACUGCAAAAGAUUCAAUUCUGAUGGAUUCGAUUUGGAAUGAAACAAUGGAAUUAUUAAAAUGUGGAGAAAUUGCGAACAACCUCGUAUCUUGAAUAUGUCGAAACUGUUCGUUUCCUUUAUCAAAUGACAAAUGUAAUUUCUUGUAAUGAUGUAUGUUCAAUAUCUAACGUUUUACUAUAAGAGUUUUCCACUCAUAAGUGUUCCACAUCAUAAUCCUAGCUGACUAUACAGUUGAAAACGCUAUAUAAAUUUUUCUUGCAUUUUCAUUUUAAUUAAAAAACUCAAAAGUUGUAUAUUUGAACCAGUUGACGAAUGGAGUGAGAAAAUUCUUCUGUUUCAGGUGACAAAAUGUAGUGAAUGUAAUAAAACACUUUCGCAUACGAAAA